UGGGGCCCCCGUGCUUCUCCCGGUGCCGGCCUGGGGACCAACUGGUGACAGUGGCGGGGAAGUGGGGACGCUAGGCAACCAAGAGGAGUGCCGAAGGGAGCCAGGAAAAGGGGGAGAGUCCUGGUCCCCAGGAGGGCGAGAGGAGACGGGAGCACGAGGGCAAGGCUCCCGCAGUAGGAAAAUGAGGAGAGUGAGUUUUACUUUCGGCCCCCAAGAAGCGGGGAGCAGAGCCGCGGGAGGACUGGCUGCCAGGGCUUUUUCGGGAGCCGAGGAGGUUAAAGAACUGAAGGCCGGACGGGCCCAGAUUGGGGCGGGAAGCGACUCCUGGGGUCGCUGGGAAGCGCCGAGACGCGCUGAACACAGAACAGAGAAACUGCGAAAACUUUCCACACUUGGAUGCUGUCCCGACCUGUCGCAAGCCCCUGACACUAGCGCUCGCCCCUCGGCAAUCGCCGUCAGUGAGUUUGCUGAGAGCCCCAGAAGGCCUUCUUCAAGACCUUAUCUUGGUCUAAUAAAUGGUUUUUUCAAGGAAGAGAAUGUAAUAAAGCCCGAGAUGACGCUUAAAGAGAAGACACUGGUGGCAGUGAAGGAGUUGAAGGAGCAAAUGAUACAGACUCAAAUCCAGCAGGAACAGCUCCUGGAGGAUAACAUGCAUCUACGCACUGAAAAGACAGUUGUCCAGGCUGAAAACAAAUUCUUUCUGGAAUACCUGGCCAACAAAACUGAAGAAUUUAAAAGGCAACCUGAGAAGCUGUGGAACAACUUUUUACAAAAAAGCGGGGAGAUUGAACAACGUAGGCAAGAAUCAGCGUCCAAAUAUGCAAAACGAAUUUCAGUGCUUAAAGCCGAGCUCUUGCAGAAGGAAAAGAUCCAAUUCAAUCUGAAGCAGCAGUUGAAGGCAAUGAGGAACAUUUCGAUAACAAAGGAAAAACAGCAGGCGGAAGUGCAGACAUUGCAGAACGCAAAAAAGAAAGCCCAAACUGAGGCAGCAGCAAAGAUAGAGGAAACAAAGACCCAGUUGCUCCAAGAAAAAGCAUUACUGGACAAACAAUUGAGUGAGCCAGACAUGAGGGAGUUGGGAAAGAAAAAUAAAAGGGAGAUUAAGAGGAAAAGUCAGGCCUUGGAAUGGACAACAAAGCAGUAUACUCUUGAGUUCUACCGUGGCAUUAACAGAGAGAAUGACCAGUUACAGAAGGAAAGACUGCAGCUCCUUCAUCAAUGUCAGGAAUUGGAGGCUUCUCAAAGCCAGUUAAAAAAUAGGAAGCAGCAGCUGCAGCAGGAACAGUGGUAUCUGGAGGGUUUAAUCCGGGGGAGGCAACGAAUGCAUAGAAGGCAUAAUUGGUGCCUAAAUGGACAGGGUACUGCAAAGAUUAACCCAAAAUAAUUCCUAAACUAACACUGAUUAAAUAAGCGCUGGAGCAAGUUCUUAGGUGUUAAACUAACCAGGCUGGGAAGGUUUUUGGAUUUCAUUCCUAUGGUUAACAUAUCUAUCCCUCGUGGUGUGUAGGUGUGAAGGAUUGGGUGCUUAUUUUUAGCAGUACUUCUUGAUGUUUGUGUGACCAGUGUCCCUUAACUCCCUCUUCCUUUAAUUAGCUCUUGCUAAUGAUGUUCCACAAACCUCCAGUUAACCUAAUACCUGAUCCUAACCUGAUACCAGCCACUUGCUAAAUACCCAUACUUCAAACUAACUCAAGAAAGCCAACUUGAAGAGGCUAAGAGGAAAACAGAUGUGUGAUUCAUUUCAUUUAGCUAAGUUAAAUUUCUUUCUUGAGCCUUAGCUGUAAGGAUAGCAUUUCUAAUGGACUUUGAAUAGUGCUUUCUGCUUUGCAAAUAACCCAGUAUCGAUGUAUUCUCAUUCCUGUUGGCCAACUCACCAAAGACAAAGGUGUGCUUAAGCUCUUUUUUAAAGUUGGUGCCAGUGACCAGCUAGAUCCUUCUAGUUUUCUCAUGAAGUGAAAAGUACUCUGAUAAUAGCAAUCCAAUAAGUGCUGGGCAGAAUGACCUUGGACAUUUUACCUUUGCAUAAAUUGAAAAGUUGAAGGGGACACAUACUAGGUCAACUAUUUCUUUUGAAAACAUUUUGUGAAGAAACACCUGGAGCAUCAGUGGGUUACUGAAUGCCUCUGCUUGUUUCAGGAAAAUGUAUCAAAAGAAAGUUAAGUAUUUGGACAACUUUUUUAGGAGCCUUGUGCCAUCCACUGUCACCCUAUUUUCUUAACAGCAUUCUAAAUUUCAGGAUAAGUAAAAUUAUUUAAUGUUAAUGAUAGCAAAUACUUAGUUUUACGUCAUUUAUUACAUUUUCUUACAUGUGCACUUUAUAAUACAUGAAAAUACCUUUUGUAAUCAAUGUGUGCAUAUAGGUAUGCCCAUUGUGUAGAACUGGAAAUAGUAUUUUAAAUUAGUUUAAGCUUUCAGGGUGGCUGUAUUUUUUUAGCAUUUAUGACAUUGAUGGUUAACCAAUGAUUUACUUGAAUGUUGAAUCCUAGUUCAGGAAUAUAACCCAUUUUAACAUGACUCCUCUAUGAGAAAAUAUAAUCAACUUUGUUUUCCACAAAUUGUAAGUCAUGAAAAAAUUCAAAAAGUUUUUCCCAAAUUUUCAGUCUUUAAUGUGUAAGAUGAAGUCACUAAAAAAAUUGGAUUAAGGAAAAGGGCCUUCCCUCAAUGUGCCGCUAGCUUAACAAUUUUUCUUGCUAAAUAUGUACUUUUUUAAUGCUAUUAAAGUGUUAUUAAACAAUAAAAACCUACUUAGGAUUGUAAUUUAUCCAUUGAUUUUUUACAUUACUAUUCCAAUGUAUUUUCUACUUCAUCACACUUCUGUUACCACCUCUGCAUAUCUUGUAAUAGUACACAAAUAAUAAAACUGCAGGACUUUAGAGCACAUGCAGGUACCUUGACAUAAUUACCUCAAUUCCUGAGCUGAAAAUAAAGACUGAACUUA